AUGAGAGGUUCGCAUCUGAAGGAAAUUCAAAUUAUAUGGCAAUGGAAAAAGUUUCAUGGAAAUUUAAUUCCAUGUUUUGAAAUACAAGCAUUAGAAAUUGGUUUGAAUAUUAAACGUACAAAUCAUCGAUAUUUAAUAUCGACUCUUACGGCAAUACUGCUUAACUUGCAUUAUCCAUUAUAUAAUGAUGUACACAAAUCUGAAUUUCUUGAUCAUUAUAAUUUAGCAUGUCUUUAUUUUCGCAGUUCAUCUGUACUCUCAAGAUUCGAAGGAUUUCCAUUGAAUUCUUAG